ACUGUACGUCGCUCUCUCGGCGGUGGCAGAGAGUCCAGGCAUGCCUAGCUCAGAAUCAGCUAUAGCCAUCGGAAUCGAACUGACUGGCAUCAAACAUCGCUCGCUCGUCAACUUUUUGGCAUUUGCCUUUUACUGUUUGGGAACAAUUUCUAUGGCGCUAGCAGCAUGGUUGUUACGAAACUGGAUUCAGUUUCUGUUGAUUUCAUCUGUCCCCUGCUUCAUUCCAUUGUUGCUACACAGGUAUUUGCCAGAAUCUCCCAGAUGGCUGCUCGGUAAAGGGCGACCAGAGGAAGCUCUCAAGGUCCUGGAGAGCGUAGCAGCAACAAAUGGAAAGCCCCUGCCUUGUGACACGUGGAUGAGGCUUGCUUACCUGUCCGAGCAGAGGACUCCACGCAUGGACAUCAGAAGCAUCUUUACGAACAGGAACCUCUUUAAAAACACGGUUUUGUUGCUUAUUAGCAGUAUCUUCUGAACAAUGGCUCAUAACCAUUGGGUCUCUGAUGAUACAGUUCUUCUCCAGUUCGUCGUUAUUACUUACGAACUUACAGGGCAUGGAAAUACAUCCUACCCGUUUACGCCAAACAUGCAUCGCCGUCGAAUAUUUAGUUGUCUCUUGCGUCAUGUGUGCAAAU